GAUCGCUCACGGGAAAGCGCGCGCGCGGGCACGCGGCCCUCGAUCCCCCACCGCCGCGCGUCGCGCCUAAAGCCUCCGCCGUCCGCCCCCAUGGAUCCACCCCUCUAGAUCCCUCCCCCUCUCCCUCCCACUCUCGAUCACCACAUCGCGCGCCCAGCUGCUGCACGCGCCAAGAUAGGAAUCGAUCGGCUCGAUCCCUUGCGGUUCUUGAUUCGGGGCCGGGUGACGCGACGACGCCCAGGCCUUUGGAGGGCACCAUGUGGAAGGGGAAGAAGAGCGGCCCGCUGACGCGGAGGGGGAGGAAGCGGGAGUUCCCCAUCCGCGCGGCGGACUACGAGCUGCUCGAGCCCAUCGGGGACGGCGCCACCGCCGUCGUGCGCCGGGCGCGGUGCAAGCCGCUCGGCGGCGAGGUCGUCGCCGUCAAGAUCAUGAACAUGGCGCAGCGCACGGAGUCCGACGUGAACAACGCCUCCGAGGAAGUGAAGACCAUGAUUAUGAUUGACCAUCCAAAUCUUCUUAGCGCAUACUGCUCAUUUACAGAGGGAGAAGCCUUGUGGAUCGUAAUGCCCUAUAUGGCCGGUGGUUCGUGCUACCACUUGAUGAAGUCUUCGUACCCGAAAGGGUUUGAGGAUGAGAACUUCAUAGCAUUUGUGCUGCGUGAAACGCUGAAGGGUUUAGAAUACCUUCACGAAAAUGGCCACAUACAUCGUGAUGUAAAGGCUGGAAACAUACUACUUGAUCAAGAAAAAGGAGUGAAACUAUCAGAUUUUGGAGUUACCGCGAGCCUUUAUGAUUCAAUAAUUAAUAGACAUGGCAAAAGGAAGACACUUGUUGGGACGCCUUGCUGGAUGGCCCCUGAAGUUAUGGAGCAAAAGGAUUAUGAUUUCAAGGCAGAUAUUUGGUCUUUUGGCAUAACUGCACUUGAACUUGCUAUUGGUCAUGCUCCAUUUUCUAGCCAACCUCCAGCAAAGGUCUUUCUCAUGACCUUGCAGCAUGCUCCUCCAUCACUUCAUAACACAAAGGAGAAGAAGUUUACAGAUUCUUUUAAGAGUAUGAUUGCCACUUGUCUAAUAAAAGACCCAACAAAGAGGCCAUCGGCCAAAAAGCUAUUGAAGCACCCAUUUUUCAGAAAAGCAAAGUCAGAACAUAAUGCCGUGAAAUGCAUGAUAAAUAAACUGCCAUCAUUGGCUGAGCGGAUGCAAACUAUAAAGGAGAAUGAAGCAAAGUUGCAAGCAGAUAAAAAACCUCAUGAUAAAUGCAAAGAGGCGGAAUCACAGGAAGAGUAUAGAAGGGGUGUGAGUGAGUGGAAUUUUGAUAUUGCAGACUUAAAAGCACAAGCAGCAUUGUACCCUGAUGAGACUGAAGCAGAGGAUUUUUUACGCUUUCUAUUUGAACUUGAUAUUGUUGAUGAAAGUACCCAGCUACAAGAUCUUAGAGCACGGAAUUGCCCAAUAAACGUUGAGAGAAUGAACGCUGGUGAUGAUGGCUCAGGAAAAUCAAAUUCAACAAGUCCAAUGUCCUUAUCUCAAAGUGUGAAACAACUUGAUAAAGGAAGCCCAAAUGGCCUUUUGCACAAUGAGUCAUUUGAAAUUCAUUCGAUGUCACCUACUAAGCAACUGACAAGAGCAGUUUCUACCUGCAAGGAUGUUGAUGAAUACCUAGAGAAAACUGCUUUUCAAAAAGGUCGAUUUAAAGUGAUACAUGAUUAUAGCAAGCUUGAAGGAGCAACACAAAGAGAAAAGGAGUUGUUAGAACGUAUUAAUAGUUUAGAGAAAAUGCUUCUUGCCACCCAGGAUGAAGUUGAGAGGCUUAAAGCAAAGGGUAAAUAUAUAGUAAUGUUGCUACAAGUACUACAUUUUUAUAAACUUUAAGUCAAUCAUUAGUUUGUGUUAUGUUAUUUGACAGAGGCAAAAGGAGUAGAGGAGUGCCCGAAACAACAAUAGUAGUGAAGUGAAAGUUAAUUGUGUUGUUACCUAGGUGAUGCUUGUAAUGGUAGGAAGCAACUGCAGUGCAUAUGCAUAUCUCUUGUUAUCCUGAGUGCACUAAGUUGGUUUAGUGGAUUACAUGUUAGAAAUUGUUAGUGUCUUAUGUCUCAUUUUAAAAAUGUUGUUUACUUCUUUCCUUAGGGUCUUAUAAGAGAGAUUUGUUAUAUAUGAUUGUAUAGAUUUAUGACAUGUGAUGUUUUGGCACCUGAAUCUGAUCAAGAUGGGAUGAAUUAUGAAGAAGGAAUGAUGUAUGGUGAUAUAGGUAGUUGAUAUGUGAAGAUAGCUUAGCUAGCGGUAUAGAUGAAAAUUGCCUCGGUGGUGUGGUAUGGAUGGAAAUUUCUUUUCCUUAAUGGAGUUGUUAUGGUUGUAUUUAAACUUUCUCAAAUAUAGGUAGUACAUGUUUCUUUACUUAUGUAAGACAGCAUAGUUUGAUGGCGAUGGGUAUACGUAAGGAUGUUUUUUUUUCAAUAAUAUGUGUGUGUAUAUGUAUGUCCUGGAUAA